CGGACCUGCAGAUCUUUUAGAUCGAUUCAUCACGCUAGGAGGAACAGCUAGGAGUGUGAUCUGGAAAAACAAGGAUCAUCGAGGUUAAGUUGUUUUCGUUGAGAUCGAAUCGCUCUGGGAAAACGCGUCCACGCGUUCGGUGCUCAACGUGUUCGCAGUGAAAAAUUCGGAAGAAGUGGAAAUAAUUACGAGGCGGAGGGUGCACGAUAGAUUCGCGUUCCGGAGUUAAGCGGUGGUGGAAUAAUCGUAACUUAGGAGGGAAAGAAAGUGCGACGUAAAGAAGGGUGUAAAGUGGUGAUAAAUUCGAGCGAAGAGUGGCGGAGAUUGUGAGCUGCAGGGCAAAGAAAGCCGGGAAAUGAAGCAAUGGAAUAAUAUCGCGGCCAAGGAAAAUGAAAGCUGGACGACCAACCUGAGUUCGUGAAUUGAACGCGAGUCUUAAAUUGAAUAAUUAACUCACACCCUUGUAUAGUACUGUAAACGGUAAUUGAAUGAAAUCGUGGCUGAAAAAGGCGGCGGGAACAGCGAAUUAAACGAAUAACAUUCUUUGAGCAGGAAUUUUGAAGGUGAAUAUAAAUAAACACUGUUGUUAACAAGUACCACUAUUCAAGAAAAAUCAACAAUACUCGGCUUGUACUCUAACACCACAAGGUUAUCCAAUCUUCAAAAAUUCUCGUACUCCGGUAAAAUUUUUGAAGGAUUUCAAAGAAGAAAAGAAGCGGGAAAUACAAAGCCAGGAUCACAACUGUGAGAUCGAUCGCAAUACUCGAAACUGAUACACAACCCUAUUUCAAAGAAGAAAAGAAGCGGGAAAUACGACAGGAUCACAACUGUGAGAUCGAUCGCAAUACUCGAAACUGACAGGCUACCUUUCAUUGACAGAGCUACGAGGAAGCUUAAUAACUGAGAAGUGACGAAGGUCGAAGGUAAAGCUGUCUGAAACCAACGACUUCUGGACCACAAACGAGGACAUUUUUCAGCGAAAGCUGCUAAUUUCCAGCAAUAACUCCUUUGUAAUCGUCCAGUGUGCCUCUGGAGAUUAUCCGGAUGCAGCUGCGUGCGUGCAUCGCGUUGCAUUAUGCAACGGAAGCGACGAUUUAAUCGACCAGAGGCAGCUUAUGCUGAAUCGCUCGGAGAUUACCGCUGGGACCGGUGAGUUGGACUCGGAGAAGAAGAGUGACGAGCAACGAUAUCGAUCACGAGCACUUCAGGACAGGCGUUCAGCGGCCGUAACAAUACCUUAUUAAUCCCAUAGAGUCGCUGAAACGCGUCGAAAGUAAACGCAAACGCGACUAGACUAUUCCAUCCGAGUGUCUGUCCCCGUUUAGGCUCUAUCGUUUAUCACGUUUGCCUUAAUUACUGCUUUCUCGGCCCUGCUGCCAGCUCCGACUAGCGCUUUGACAUUUACAAUCGCGAUAAAUACGAGCGAGCCAUUCACGCAGCGCGACACUCGCCAAACGAUCGAGGAGCGAUCAAGAUCAAUGCGAUUGACACGUCGUCUCCGUCACAACCUGAUGUGACGAUGCGAUUACUGUCAAUACGGCAGCGGAUAGAGAGCUCCAUGAAGAGAAGCGAAUAAAUCUGGAAGAAGGUGGAGGAUAUAUAAAAAUAGGAAAAGUGCACUGGAUGGAAUAAUUCUGCGUAGAGCGUGGAAUAAAUUUCAGUCGUCGGUUCUGAGAAAAUCCAUGCGUCGACGAAGGGGAUCAGACUCAAAUGAGUCAAACUCUCCAACAAUCGCCACGUAGUCCUCGAGCUUAGUGCUUCGGAGCUUAGAAGAACUCGGUAACCACUGUCCUGACUCUAAUCGUUACUCGUGGUUCGUUGAUUCUUCGAUCGACCAAUAGAGUUUGAUACUUAGGGACAGCGAACAGCUGAUGCCCACUGUUCACCAGGUACACAGUAACCUCGCGUGAACGUGUCAGUUUUGGGUGCGCUUGAAUCUACCUGGAGACCUACUUAGAGACCUAUCUGAAUGAAUAUAUCCAGUGUUCAUUGAAUAAAAAGAUCCUGUCAAUGAGAAAAGAAAUUCCAUCUUUGGCAAUCGACUCGACUAGUCGACCCACAGUGAUCAUCCGCGAAGAAAUACAGCGCGAUCCUCGACUACCUGAAAUGUUCAGUGAAAUCAGUGAAAGUAUUCGUCGAUUGGUUUUAAGGCAUUCGAAGUGCAAUUCGUUCACGAUGAUAGUGGAAAGUCUGAUCCUUUUAUCGGUUCUGUCCGUGUCGGUCGGUGAGCCUUCAUUCCAGAAAUGUUGCCUACCUGGCCUAGUCUUCUCCGGAAGUUCAAAGUUCCACUGUGACGAGGAACCAUCAGCCACGCAGCUUCUCUCCAUCGAUCUCAGUGACGAUAAUAGAACCUACGAAAUUCCUAGCUGCGAGAAACCCGAACACAUCGCCACGACGUUUCUUCGUGGGUUGAGUCCCACGGACUACCUGCAGAAACCGUACUGUAUCGAAAUUCUGUACAAUCAAACCACUCGCCAGAGUGAACCGACCCUCGUGCAUUGUAAAUCGAACGAAGACAGAGAUCAAGUAUUUUCGACCCACUCGCAAGCCCCGCCAUUGCCGCAAAUUUUUGAUGUGCGAAGAUGUUGCUCGAAUGACACUGUUUUUAACGUGAAAACAGGAAGCUGUGAUUCCAUGUCGGACAUUUCCGAUGAUUAUUCGCAAGGCUCCGACAUUUUGUCGUUAUUACCGGAAGGAUUGAGGGAAUUCGAUUUUCUGAACGUCCACAGAGGCACGCCAAGGUGUUCAGGAGCGAUCUUCACUUAUGAGGUCGAGGCAAAAGACAUCACUUUCAAGAAUGGCACUUUACAGUUGAAACUGCCGCGGAAAGAAGGAGGCGAUGAGAGCUUGACGAUCAACGUUUCGAACUCCUGCCUGGAACUGACGCCGGGCGUCCGGUUGAAACAGGGCCUCGUCAUCCGCGUCUGCAGGGACAGUGACUUUUGUCACGACAAACUCUGUGUACAGAAGUGCUGCGACGACGACGUGCAAGAACGAAGCAAAUUGUGCAAGAAGAUCGACGGGACACAUUCUAGGAUGAACUUCUACGAGGAACUGGCGAAUAUCAUGAAGACAUCUUGGGAUGUCACAGAUUACGGUGUGAUGUUCGGACUCACCUGCCGGAAUUCGAUGUACAAAGUGAACUACACAGAAAUAAUUCUCUCGCCCAAGGGGUACCUAUACUAUCCAGGAGCGAAGACUACUACAAAGCUCAAGCAUGACAUGUACUGCUUGGAGCCAUACAAUGCAGUGACUUUGGACGGCUUAUUUGGAUUUGUCUGUUACGGAGACGAUGAAGUCCUUGAAAAAGACUCGGGAAUCAAAUACGUGAUUUCCAGUACCUUACAAGGAAUCAGUUGCAUAUUCCUGCUAUUAACUCUGAUUGUGUACGCUUGUUUACCGAGUCUGCAAAAUCUGCAUGGCAAAACACUCAUGUGCCAUGCAGCGAGUCUUAUGGCGGGCUACUUCUGCCUUGCCAUAGUACCGUCGGUGACACCGGCGAAACGUUGGGUAGAAGAUACCUACGCAACCAGGGCCUGCUCUGCACUGGGAUUCACCAUGCUCUUCUUCUUCCUGUCAGCUUUUUGCUGGCUGAACGUCAUGUGCUUCGAUAUAUGGAGGACAUUCGGGAGCUUACGUGGUAACACCAGCAGGGGUCGAAGUCAUGUCAAGAGAUUCCUGCUAUACUGCCUAUACGCGUGGGGCCUGUCUCUGUCCAUCACGAUCGUCGGCAUUUUGAGUGACAUGACAGAUAUCCUGCCACUGGCUUUCAAGUCCAAUGUUGGUAUACAACGCUGCUGGUUCAGUGAUAAAUUGGCGGAAUCGAUUCUCUUCAGGGUACCAGUUGCCAUCCAGCUGAUAAUGAACGUGCUCUUCUUCAUUCUCACAGCGCAGCAGUGUAGCAAGGUGAAAGCUGAGAUAAGCAGGCUUGCUGAACCAGUGGAUCCCAGGAGAAAACGAUUUCAGGCUAACAAAAUUAAGUUCAUCAUGAACGUGAAACUGUUCGUCGUGAUGGGUAUAUUCUGGGUGACAGAGAUUAUCGCUUCGUUCAUCAAGGAGUACACCGACUACAGAUACGUGGAUGAAGUAUCCUACGUGCCAGACGUAUUGAACUCCCUGCAAGGCGUUAUGAUCUUUAUCCUAUUCGUGGUGAAACAUCGUGUCCACCAGGCAUUGAGGAAACGACUAGGCCUGGAUUCAAGAAAGAAGGCUAGCUGCAGCCAAGGCACUUCCAUGCUGCGGGAGCCGUUCAGGAUAAAAAUGGCCAAAGAAUAUCAUCAGAUUUUUACAGUAACUGGUGCCAUUUUCUUAAUGCAAAAUUAA